AAAGUGGAAUGAAACUCAGCAGCUGAGGAGCCGAGUCUGGUUGAGAGGAUGGGAAACUGUCUCCUGAGAGAACUCAGGAAGGAAAUGACUACAUUAGAGAAAGAAAAUCAAGGUCAAAGUCAGAAAAGUAAUGAAGCUUUAUCCACUUCUAAUCAGGAAAAUGACAGUGGCAGUGGCCCCGAAGACGUGUGCUACACGGUCAUUAGUCCCAGCUCCUAUCAUAGGCCCUCCUUGAGCUCCAAUGACAGUGGUUAUGAGAACAUUAACUCUGUCACAAAGAGAGUGAAAUCGUUGAAAGAAGGGUCAGAAACAGAAUAUGCCCUCCUCAGGACGACUGGCACCCCCAGGCCUUCUCCCUGCGCCCCUGACCAUGAUUAUGAACUUGUGCUUCCCCACUAGACACCUCAUUCCCCCUCACCUUUCAGAAACAAAGACGGCGCAGAGCACUGCCCUCUGGGGAAGUCUCUCUCGGCAGCUCAGAAAACGUUCAUUUCUGGCCAGAGUUUAGAAAUGAUGUCCUUUUACUAUAUUGCCUUGGGAAACUCUUAAGCAUGGUAUUGCUGUGGUUUGUGCGAAGCCAUAUACAUUGACAUCAUGAUAUAAAGUAUCCUACAUCUCUUUGUUUAUAAGGUUUG